UGCGUGCCGUAGGUAGGUGGGCGGGACCCUACGAACGUCAACAAAAGCGAGAACAAGAGAAAGGAGAAGGACAGAAGACGAGAAGGAUUGUACGGUACAGCGGGAGACGACAGAUAUGUGGCUUUAACUCUCAAUAACAGUCAAGAUACUGUGGUAAAAAAAAACGAUAGUUCACAUCCUCCAGUUCCUGCCCAGAGAUGGACGCCUACAAGCUCAUGAAGGAGCUGUGCGUGAAUUCUGAGCAGGAGGCUCAUUAUCGGCCCAAAGAGACGGGCCUGAGGCUCAUCGAAUCCACUAAAGAGGAUGCCAGUCGGAUCUCUGCAGAGGGCAGAAACGCCAUAGUGGAGGACCUGUGGAGUCUUACCAGCUUCUUCCGUUACAGCACGCAGACCUUUGUCCUGACCGUGAACCUGCUGGACAGAUUCCUGGCCAUGAUCAAGGUCCAGCCGAAGCACCUGUCCUGCAUCGGCGUCAGCUGCCUCCACAUGGCGGCCAAAGUGACUGAGGAGGAGUGCGACUUGGCGCCCGCCGACGAGCUCAUCCGCAUUGGACAGUGCCGGUUCACCGCGUCCGACCUCUACCGCAUGGAGGAGAUUGUCAGAGAGAAGCUCAACUUCAAGUCCAAAGCAGUCACCGCCUUAACCUUUCUGCACUUGUACCACCGGAUCACGCUGUCACACUCCACAGACAGGAAGGAGAUCCUGAGCCUGGAAAAGCUGGAAGCUCAGCUCAAAGCCUGCCUGUGUCGGAUCUCCUUCUCAAGAGCAAAGCCGUCCGUCCUAGCCCUGUCUCUCCUGAGGCAGGAGAUCAAAGCCGUCCAGACUGAGGACAUGUUGGAGAUAGCCCAGCACAUCCAGAGACACCUGAAGAUUACAGACAGCGAGCUGCUGCUGUGGAGCGAACGUGUAGCUCCGUGUCUGUCCGACUACGCCUCGCCGGAAUGCAGCAAACCCAAUCACAGGAAGCUGCAGUGGAUCGUGUCGCGGCGGACCGCCCAGAACCUGCACAGCUACCGCACCGUCCCCGGGCUUCCCACCAUCCCAGAGGGCUGCUGGGAUGAGAGCGAGAGUGAGGACUCAUGUGAGGACAUGAUGAGCUCAGGCGAGGAGUCCCUCAGCAGUUCUCUGGGCAGCGACGCAGACGGGGCCUUCUUCCCUCUGCACCUCCGCCGUCCACCACACCGCCACGUCUGACACCCCCACCCCCCCCUCACUGCUUCACCUGGAAUCUUUAAUUUAUUAAUGAGCUGUGGCGCUGGUAGUUUGUGUGUAGACGUGUUGGUGAUGUCCCAUUCCAGGAGGGAAAGAUUGGAAGUAUGCACAAACAGAUCCUCCUGUCAGAAACGUCUCCACCUCAGGCCUCAAACACUUCACGUAGUCACCAGGAUCUGUUUGCCAAAAUGUUGUAUUUAUUUAAUGAAAAAUGGAUUUUCCUUUCACUGCUAAUGAAAGGGUGUUUUUUUUUCCUGCUGAGGAUAUUAAGUUAUUGAGUGACCCUUCAUUUUUGUGCAUAACAGGAAGUGCAGCGAGUGAACACAUCCCUUCAUUUGCACAGUGUUCUUUUCCCUUUGAAGUGUUAGAUGGGCACACUGGGCUGCCGUUUGUGUCAAACUUUUCACCGAGUAUUCAGUCAGGGGGACGUGCCUUUGCUCAGAGGGAAAGGCUGUUUGGUAUGAAGAAAUGUUCAGAGUGUUUGUGGAUGUGUGUUCAUGUACGACCCUGGUUUCUAUUUAAAGUAAAAAUGUUAGGAUGUAGCUGUUUGAAUCUGAGAAUGGUGUAUAGUGGGUAAGAAAAAAACGUCUAAAAAAACAUGUAAAAUUGUAAAUGCUGUACAAAAAAAAAAAAUGUUAAUAGUUCUUUGUAGAUAUUAAGUUAUUUGUCACCUGUACUGAAAAAGUCAAUCUUAGUAAAAAUUGUAUUUUUUAACAAGCUGCUGGGAUCAUUGUCUUCACACAAAUGCAACUAGAUGAUCUGGAUAUGUUAGCAUGAAAUAUAAUUAAUCAAGUCAUAACUUCUAAAUCAAAAUAUGAAAAUGGUUGGUGUAUGGCAAAGGUUUAGGGUCUAGAAAUGGCUAUGUCGGUGUAAUUCUAUUCAAAUGCUCAUUUGAUAGAAUUUCACCAAUAUU